CCUAUUUCUAAAGUUCACAAUUUUGAUGAACAUUUCCUGCAUAUAAUGCGUGAUUGAUUGGAAAUUUAAACAUUGAUUGCAUUCAGAUAAAGGAAAAUAGCCGAGAUGGAUCGCUGGCCAGAUAUUCCACCACCUCCUGAUCCAAAUGUUAUAUUUGAACAGUUCAGACUGGAUCUUCCUCCAACCCCAGGUCUUAUUAAUCCUGGUGAACAACUGUCAAAUAAUGCUACAGAUCUUGGACAGAACAAAAAUCAACAAGCAAAACAGCAGGGACAAUUUAUGUCUCAGAAUUGGCAACAACAGGACUUUACCACAGGAUCAGGAUAUCAAUACCCGCAAGAAAGAUCAACGUUCCAGCAAAUGCAACAUUUUGGUCCACCAACAAACUUUAAUAAUGCAGGUCAACUUUCGAGCUAUGAUAUGUUUGGCCAGCAAACAUUAAAUUCAAGAAACUAUGGUUUCCAGCAAUCUGAGUUGUCAAGUAUGAGUGGGCAGUGUAGCUUUAAUUUACAAAAUCAGCCAGAUAAACCUUCCUUUGAUAGUCUGAACAACUCUGUCCCUAACUCAGGCGUAUCUCAGUAUCAGAAUCUGCAAUAUACUCCAGAAGAAAAUCAAUGCUCGACAUCAGUGGAAGACUUUGAAUUACCAUAUCAGACACAAUCUGCCAAUACAGGCUCUUUUGCAGGUGUACCAUCACAGUACCACACUUUCACAGAUGAUCCAGUAGAUUCAUCACGAGUGAAUGUUGAUAAUGAAAAUGUAGCUGAAAAAAGUGAUGGAAAUCAAUGGUACGAUCCUUUGCAGGCAUCAGGCGAUGAUAUGUCCAUAAGUGAUUAUUCUGAUCAGGAGAGAGAAGAUCAUACUACCAUGCCUACUGUGAUAGAUUACCAACAUGGUAAGGUUAGUAUUGUUCCUGAAUAUGGGUCUGAAAUAUGUAUGGGUCCUCAGUUCCAGAAAGAUGUACACAAAGCAAAGAUAGUUGAUCAGCAUGGUCAGGCAGAUAAUGAUAUUGAGUAUGAAGCAGACAUGAAUAACCCUCUGCACUUUCAGAAAGAAGAACAUGAACCAAAGACUGUUGAAGAUUUCUAUACAAAGGCCAAAAUGUUAUUGCCUCUUGGUAAGGAUCACCAAGCUGAAACUAAAUCCAACAAACAGCUACAGAAGGUCAAACAGACAGAUAAUGAAUCACCAGAAAAGACUAAUGAGUUGAAACUUGUUACAGAAAAUGUUAUAAAGGAACUGGCAGCCAGUGUUAACUUGCUGUCCAAACUUCAGGAGGCAAAAAAGGUACAUGUACCAGAGGUGGAAAAGGUGACAUGCACUGAUAAAUCUGCAGGGGAAUGGACGAAAGAAAAAGACAAGCCAAGAGAGGUGAAAAAAGAAGUGGUAGAAAAGCAACACGCAGUUACUGAAGUUCAUUCAGAAAUAACAGAUGAUAGUGAUGGGGACCCAGAACACGUGCAGGCCCAGAUUUUCCUUGGCAACUUGGCUCCCAGCACAACUUUGGGUGAGAUUCGUCGGCUGUUGAAGGGUUAUGAGGUUCAGGUCUGGCAAGCUUACCUGCCUGACAAGGUUGACAAUGUAUGCGCAUUUGUGAAAAUGUCAACACUGAAGGAAGCCAAAUGUUUCAUCCUUGAAUCUGAUGACACAAUGUUAAGGGGAAAACAACUGGACAUUCGUUUUGCUGCGGCGCAAGAUUUUGAUGACUACAAAGUGGGAAAACCACCCAGAAGUUCUGCUCAGAAACAAAAGCCUGAGAAGCAGACGCCAGGUCCUAUGAAAAAGCCUGUUGUGGAGGAACAGGAGGAAAUCCAGCAGCCAGACAACUUCCUUCCCUGGUCCAUAUCAGAACUAGAAACCCUUCAAGGUCAAGGUCAAGAGGACACAACACCAUCAGGGGCUAAGGGGACAUCAGAGGUAGCGGGGUGCUCUGAGCCCACAAGAUCAAAAGAGGUCAGAGAUGGGUCAGUGUUUUGGGAAGCAAUACGCGCAGAAUGUUCCCAGGCACCACUUGUUGGCCUAAAGUACAUAGUGGAGUAUGUCAGCUCUAACAGAAGCUGUUAUCUGUGCACACUGUGUAAGGUCAAGUUCAUGGACACGAGUGUGGUGAAUCAUUUGGUUGGUCUACAGCACAGGAUGAAGUUCCUGAAGGAGACCAUACCGAGUCUCUACCAGGAUCUCGUAAUAAUUGGUAGACAACAUGGGCAGGAGCAGUUAGAGAUUGAGUGCGCCCACUAUGUGGCUCGUAAUGUACCAAAGGGCGAGACAAUCAACGUUGUCCAAUGUGACAAGAAAUUGCCCGCAGAGGACGCUGUGGAUUUGGAUCUAGAGAGUAUCCAGAAUGAGAGCCUGCGCGAGUUAGAAGCCCGCAAAAGCCGGUUAGCCAGCAAGUUAGAAGGUGACAUGAAGAUCAGUCCGACAAUAGGGUCGCGGAUUGAUGAGUUCUAUAAGCAAUUCCAGGAGAAAUCGCCCAUCAACAAAUAUAUCAUAGGCCUGAAGUAUGUCACCGAGGUUUUGAAGCGUAAGAAAGGGGAGACGAUCUACGUGUGUGGCCUGUGUCACUGUGUGAACUUCAAUGCACACAUCUUCGGCCAUGUCACAGGAUACAAACAUAGGAUGAAGUUCUUUGAGGUAUGCAAGCCAGAGGUCCACAAGAUUAUCAAAGACGCAAACCUGACUGGGCUGAAGGAACUGAAAUCUGUGUGUCUCCGGGCUGCCCAAGCUAUAGAGGAGAGUGAUGGGCUAUCUCAAGUGUUAACUAUCACAGAGGCCCAGAAAAUACUCCUCGAGGCUAGAUAUGGCCCUAUGAUCCAAUACAGGCCUCCAAAAUCAAAGCAGACCGAAGUAUUGGUGGUAGCUCCAAAACUGGAGGGAAAACGAGGGCCCUCCACUCCUGGUCCAUUUCCUGUGGUCAGCCUUGAAACAGACAUCUUUAAAAUGAAGGUCACUGGUGAAAUGCUACAGAAGCUUGGGUUGAUCCAGGCUGCCCAGCCUGUGGAGUAUAAGGAAUCUCUGGACCAGGAUGUCCACCUUUACAAGUAUCUCCAGGAAAACAGUCUCAUGGACAGUCCCCUUCCAGGGUUGGGCCAUAUUUACGAGAUACAGGAUUUACCUGGCGCAGGUUUUGAGAAGAGACACCUAUAUUUCUGCUCCCUGUGUGAUCAAGUAUCAGGGAACCGGGCUUUGGCAAAAUCACACAUAAGGAGUCUUAACCACGGCAUUAAAUAUUUUACAAAGGUGCUACCAGAGUUGACCCAGAAGUUGGGCUUGCUUGAUCAAGCUACAAAACAGGAAGUUAUCCAGUUUCGUGCCAUGGAAUAUCACCGUGACCAUGGCAAUGAGAGUCUGUGGGUUGUUGCCGUUAGGUGUAAUGAGCCUACUACCACCCCAGUAACUGGACAGCCAUCCACACCCCAGCAAACACCUGGAUCUACUCCUUCCACGAGAAAGGAGGAAGCCAAUAAAACAGUGGCCAUGGUGGAUGAACCAAUCAGACCUCGGGUGUUUGACAUCAUACGACGGAACAGCAGUAUAUCCUCUAAACCAGCUGUUGGCUUGCACUUGAUGACCGAGUACCAGAACGCUGUCAACCAAGCAGAGAAGCCGAGGUUUGACUGUCGACUGUGUAACGUAAAACUUACAUGUGAUAGCGUGUACUCUCAUCUGAUUGGUGACAGACAUGUGACCACUUACAUGGAGAAGCACCAUAAUAUCUUGAGUGACGCAGUGAAAGAGCGGCCGGAGAGACUGGAUAUGUAUGGCCGCUGGCUGGAUGCAUCUGGGCCACGGAAAGUGACGGUUGUACAGAUUUCGGGCUACAAUGCCAGACAGGAACCACUGUACACUUACCCGAAACACAUUGAAGAUACUGAAUAUGUUUCUCCAUAUGCUGGCAUGUACACGCUGAAAUACAUUGAAACAACGACUGAUGCCAUCAAUAGUAUCCAGCCUAAACCACGGAAAAACUCCGGGACAGAUGGGAAACAGCUUACACAGGCAAUAUCUAAAGAUCAGGGUCGGACAAGAAAUGAAGAAGAUGACUGGAAGAUUAUUUAUCGAGAUGUUGAAGAAAGAAGGCGAAACAAAAGCAUUGUUCAGUGUGCCCGCAUGUCGAGAUUUCAGAAAUUGUAUAUGGACACGACGAAAACAGAGGCCUUUAUUGGUCUGGCACAAGUCAAUGAGUUUCAACAGCCGGACUUUACAGUGGACCCCUGGUACAUGUGCUAUAUCUGUAAAAUAAAGGUCACAUGGCCAGACAUUCUACAACAUGUCACCUCACAAGAUCACCGGCUCCUGUAUAUGAUGAAGAACUACCAGUAUAUCUACAAGCUGGCUACUGGUUAUGAUCCGGAGAAGAAAUCAGUGGCCGAAUAUGCCAUGCAGAUCCAAAACACUGAAGGUGCAAUGAAGAAAACUAUCUCAGUUUUUCUGGAGCUUAAAACAGACGAGGAAGCCCUCAAAUGUGCUAUGAAAACAUCAGAAACAAGAAAGCACAGGAGUCCAGGCAGCUAUGGGGGGUCGAGUAGAAACCAGGAAAGAACAAGGACUAAUAGGAAAAGCAGAAGUAGAAGCCAUGGUAGAGAACGAAGAAGAAGCAGAGAAAGGAGAAGUAGAAGUCAUAGCAGAGACAGGCGCAGACCAAGAGGCAGUGGUCACGGCAGAAGUAAGGAAUCCAGAUUGUCCUCUUCAGGCAGCAAAAGGCUAUCCAACAGUAAGGAACAAAGAAGAUACAAAGAUUUGGGUCAAUCAUCUUCAGGUAGUGUGAGAGGUUCUCAUAGACCUAGCAGUCAUGAAAGUACUGCCGGAAGCUCUGUGGGACAGAAGUCCAGAGCAACUCCAGAUACCACAAGUAUGGUUGGAAAUGAAGCUAAAACAGUGAAAGAGACUGUUGAAGCUGGUAAGGAAGGAAACAAGACCCCUGUCAGAGAUGGAGGGCUUCAAACAUCUGGCACACUUGAAGAUUCUGCUGGUCUUCAGAAAUAUAGCACUCAAAAAGGUAACGAAUGGAAAGAUUCAGAGAAUACCAAAAAAGACAUGGUCAAAACAGUUAAAAGUGGUUAUGACUUGGAAAAAAAUGAUGGUAUAGCUAUGGACAGGGAUUUAAAGAUAGAACUUGAAAAUGAGCUAGCUAGACUAGCUGAAGAAGAUGACGAAGACUUUAGUGAUGGGAUUGAGGAUGAUGGUAUUCACAUUAAUGUGAAUAAUGAAGAUCUCUUGCCAUCUACUGGUGAAAAUUCAGAUGGUAUUGCAAAGGACAAAAUGGUUGGAACGAACACUUACGUUAAAGGUCAUGGUGAUAGGAAGGGUGAUACAAGAAGUGAGGAAGAAAGUCAAGUCAGAAAAGAUUAUGGACUAAGGCAGGAUAUUCAUACAAAAGAUUAUACAAAGUUGCAGAAGGGAAGUCCAAUUGUAAGUAGAAUGAGUCCGAAAUAUUAUUUAAAAGAUAAUAGAAUGAAGGAGAAAGACAAAUCAAAAGAGGACCUGACAAAGCACCAAAUAAUUCCAAAGUAUGGUGGAGCAAGACAACAGGGCAGUCCAACAGAUGUUGCAACCAGGCUGGAAAGCAGCCAUCUAAAAAGACCUCAUAUAUCAGAGGUAAGAAGCAACAUAGAUGUUAAAAGUAGAAAAUCCAGGUUUCAAUCAGGAGCAUCUACAUGUACCUUUCCUGCCAGAGAUGCAAACAGCCCGCAAAGAGGAAAAAUCACAAGAACAAAUAGCAGAGAUCCAUACAGCUCUCCAAGAGGACUAAGUAGGGGAACAGAUAGCCGUAAUAUUCCACAUGCCACAAAGUCUGCAGAUGAAAUACAUACUUCUAGGCUUGUACAAGAUAUUGACAGCAGUGCUAGAGAUGAGCCGUAUGGACAGUACAGGUCUUCCUUCUCACCUCAGGAAAGACCUGUCCUGUCUAAACAAUACAAGUCCUCUCCAAAAGCUGUUGAGCAGAUCAGUAGAGACCCGUCUCCAAGGUCAAGGUCAUUCCUAACUGAGCCUGGGUGUGACAAUAUGUCAACCGACAGGCAGAAUGAAGCUACUGGAUGGACGGUCCAUGCGUCAAGGCAUACGUAUGUUCCAGGUCACCCUGAUGUUAACAGAAUGAGGGGAAACCACCAAGAUGUUGAACCAAUGGCCUUACAGCCAGUGAUUGUUCCCCAGAUUGUAUCCAACACACCAGUAGUGUACAGUCAGUAUGAGCUAGAUGGGCACACAGUCCAGCCUGCACUGUAUCCUGAUUAUGACAAAUUCAGGGAAGACUGUGGUACCUUUGAUGAUGGCCGUUAUAGUUCCCCUCACCACGAAACUGCAAGCACUGAUAGAUUGCUAGAUGUCCAUCGUGAUUAUGGCUUCUCUAAUGGAGCGAGGAACUUUUCUCCUAGGGAUUAUGAUGAUGAAGAUAUCCCAGGUAGAUAUCCGGAUGGUGAUGGGCGUAUUCACCAUGGAUAUCAGGAUGCUGGUGGUGAUAUGUCUUCCAGAUAUCAUGACAGUGAUAUGGAUAUCUCUUCUAGAAAUCCAGAAGAGGAUGUCGGUCCUGGAUAUCAUAACAGUGAUAUGGAUAUCUCUCCUAGUUAUCCAGAUGAAGAUAUCGGUCCUGGCUUUCUUGACAGUGAUAUGGAUAUCUCAACAAGAUAUUCAGAUGAGAAUAGGUCUCCCAAACAACAUCAGCAUAAUGAUGAUAUCGCUCCCAGAUAUCGGGAUAAUAAUGAUAUUGCUGGUACGUAUCCACAUGAUGAUAUCUCUUCUAGAUUUAAUGAUCAUAGAAGCAGCCAGUUUUCAUCCACAGAUGACUCAUACUUUCCUGCAAGUAAGAGGCAGAAUAUUAAUACUGAUGAUAUAGCUACAAAUAAUGCGAGCAGAGCCUUCAGUGAGGGUUAUAAAGAAGGCGUGGAUGCAAAUUCAGAGCUAAGCGUUGAAACGCAGUCUAGACCCUUGCCUAACGCUUAUAGGCAUGGGAAGAUUCUAUUUCCUGCAGCAGUGACAGGAAAGAUCGAGAUGAUGUUGGAGAGUUCCAUAAACAAGGAGCCGCUUCAAAACGUGGUGGACAGAUGGUGUAAGACGUAUCCUCAUCAUUGCCCAAUAGGUCUUCAGAUGGUGACGGAGUUUACCCACCAUGAUUGUGAACUGCCCCCUGUGUACAUGUGUAGAGCGUGUGACAAGCGGCUUAGGACAAAUGACAGAUACUACACGAUGAAGAACAUGUUUAAACACAUCCUGUCUGAAGAUCACAGUGUGACAUUUAUGCUGAGUCACUACAAGAAUGAUUACUAUGGACUGGAAAGAAAUGCCAAGAAUGCAGACUCUUAUUUUGGCCUUUUCAAAAAUCUGUGUAACAGGAUCUACAAGGAAACGUCGAAAGACAAUAGCGUGUACGAGGUGAAAACAAAGGCCGUAAUAUAUUGGAAAAAAGCAUUUGGAAUGAGGGUCUCGUAUAUCAAGCAGAAAAUUGCAGAGCAGAAAAGACUUUCAAAGCCUGAUGUAAAGCAAACAGGAAGUAAGAAGAAUCAGCCACCUACAAAUCCACAAUCAAUAGAGCAGCAGACAAUGGAGCAGCAGACAACAGAAAAACCUACCUUGAGCAUCAGCCAGGGAAUUGUUAAUCGUAGGAAGAAACUUCGUGCACAAGAAGUGAAGCUGGUAAAUGUAGAGAGUCCAGAAAGUUUCGAUGUCAAGUUUGUGGAGGCUCUCACCAAGGAACGCCUUUGCGAAAUGAUCCAUGUGUUCUACAAAAGGCAAAAUAAACCAAAUCCGAAUGCAAGAGGGAACUGGAAAAAAUCUGAGAGAUGCGUGGUUUACUACGAUGGCAAAGGAGUUUUUGCACGAGGGGAAGUGUUGGGUCCUUUUCGAUCUACGCGGAGUUACAAGGUGUAUCUGUUAGACUAUGAUACGGAAAUUAUCUGCUCAUACAAGGAAUUGCGGGAUGUUGAACCAGUGUACCAGAUGCGAUGGGAAAACCUGGACAUCUGCACUUGUAAGCUCGCCAAUGUUGAGCCAUGUGACCAGUUGAAAUCAUGGCCAACCAACAUCGCGCAAGUUAUGACGAGAUUACCGUCACUGGAGGGAUCGUUACUUGUCGUCUGUAAGGGUCCUGCUGAGGAUGGGCGACAGCCAGUGGAACUCUUGAUGGAGGACAUCAGGGACGGUCGGUUAUCAUAUCACGCACUCUCAGAUAUACUUGUCAAGAUGAAGGUUGCUAGGUUCACUGGAGGGGAUGGCACUAUCAAUCCUAGUCCAAUUAAAGGCAUUGUUCCACACACACCGAAAGCAAACAUCAACACUCUUCCUAAGGGAGACAAUUUGUCCACGGAAGAUCAGCCAGACUUAUCAGGCAACAAAAUUCUGUCCAAGGGAGAUCAGCCAAGCUUGUCAGGCAACACAAAUAUGCCCAAGGGAGACAAUCUGUCCAAGGGAGAUCAGCCAAGCUUGUCAGGCAACAAAAUGCUCAAGGGAGACAAUCUGUCAAAAGGAAACCAGCCUGGUUUAUCAGGCAACAAAAAUCUACCCAAGUUUGGCAAUCGAGUCAAACAGAAAGGGCCUGGACUUCAAGAGGAACCAAAAGUGACGUCAACCGCCAAAGAUCCACCCCCGGUUGGGAAACAGUCAGAAAAAGUUAUGUAUGACAUAAUGGACCAGUGUUAUAACACGGAUGGUAAGGUGGCUGUUACUACUAGGUUGAAUCCAGAUAGUGGGACUGUUGGGAAAUCAGAGAGAGAAAGUACUAAUAGGAAGAAAGCUGUUAAUGAAGUUCCUGUUUGUAGAAAUGAUAAGCAAGAAGCUAGAAAAUCAAGUGCAAGUAAAAAUGCUUCAAGUACAGAUAUCAGCCAUGUUAGCAACACCGGAUGCCCUAGUACCAAAAAUGAUUCUUGUGUAGUUUCUGUAAAAACAGGUAGUGUUCAGGAAAGAGAUGUUAGCAUUAGCCAUCCGGUAAUUGUUAAAACUGAACCACUUGAUGUUGAAGAUGCUACAAUGGAACCUAUAGCAAUUGAAAGAGUUAAAAUUGAGCCAGUUGCUUUUGGAAGUAUUAAAACUGAGCCAGUUACAAUUACAAAUGUCAGAACUGAGUCAAUAGCUAUUGAAAAGAUUAAAACUGAACCUGUUGCGAUUGAAAGUUCUGAGGUUGAUAAUGAAGAACUAAGUGAAGGAGAGCAAGAAGAUCUUGAGAAUGCUUUUAAAGAAUACAUGGAUGAACUGGAAGGUACGGCUGAUGAUGUUAGUGAUGAGUGUUGAAUAAAUGAGAACAUUUAAGUUUGUGUUUGGAGAAAAUUUUGGUAGCUUAAUGAUAAUGCUUUACUACCUGGAUCAUGCUAGACUUCCUAAUAAUGAGGACUUGUUUAAGGUAAAAGUUUAGCUCUUUUUUAUUGCAAACUGUAUUACAGAAUGAAAGAGGAAGUGAUUUUAAUGGUGGUCAAUUUUUAGUUCCAAUUUGAUUAUAGCUAAUGGUGUGUUUCAAAUUUUGAAAUUAUCCUUGUAGGAUCAUGAUGGAGUUCUAAUUUGAUUAUUAUAAGGUAAUAGUAUGUGUUUGAAAUUAUGAAAAUAUUCUGGUAGGAUCCUGUAAUACUCAUGGGUUGUUAUUAUUUGAUAUUUGUAAGAUUUUUUAUAGCAUUGAAAGUACAUAUUUUAUUUCCUUUCUGUACAUAUCAUGUUAAAUUCAUGUGUUCGUUGUUUUUGUUUUAUAUCAGAGGUCACACUAUGUUGUUAUGUUUUCAUUUAUUCUCUUAAAAAUAAUAUGACACUAUUUAAUACCUUUAUAUGAAUGUUUUUAGUAUAAUAAUUACCAGUACCAGUACAUAUUUUUUAAUAUUGUGUAAAACUGCUUAAUAUACCUUACUUUUUAGUCUUCUGGACCUUGAUCUGGUUUUGGCCUAUUAUAAUCAUACUGUAGGUUAGUGAUUAUAAUCGAAAAUCGAUUGGUUGGGCCUGAAAUCGGCGACAAUCGAUUGUAUUUGGUUAUAAUCAAUCAUCGAAAAAAAAAAGAAAAAAAAAAAUAUAAGCAAGUGUUCAGAUGUUAUCUUGAUCAAAAUGGCAGAUGAAAGCCACAAUGAGCAAGUAAAAAUGUACUAUUUUUUAUAUAACACUUAAUUACUUCAAUCAUAGACAUAACGUAUAUGCAUAUAAUGAUUAAGAGUUUAAUAAUGUGCAUGAAUGAAACUUCACUUUAGGUUUUAUCUAGUAUUUAAAAAAACGAUUGUACUAUCGAUAAUCGGUUACUCGAGUGGAACCGAUUAUCGAUUGUAAAAUUGGAACCGAUUCCCAACACUACUGUAGGUAUUCCACCCACAAAUAAGCAUUGUACGAUUCCAUUUAUUUCCACUAUAGAGGCUCGCUCAUGUUUUUAUAUUUAAUGCAUUUAUUGUAUGAAUAAAGAGUUAUCAUUAGGAGUGUUAAAAAUAAGAAACCAAAAGCUGGAACCCUUCAGCCAAUGUUGGUAUUUUCUCAAAUAUCGUCUUUAAGGACCACAAUUUUCAUAAGCGUUAAUUAUGCAGUUAGCAGCUUUGUUGUUGUGUGAUUGGUUUAUUGACAUUAUCAUGUUAUGUUUUCAAUGUAUUGUCAAAACAUCAUCACUUUUGGUCUUUGUGGCCUAGUGGUUAAGGCACCGUUUUGUAUUCUUUUCUUAAUUUAUCAGCAUGGGUUCCCGCCCAACUAAAACCAAAAUCCUUUUUAUACUUAAAUUGUAUUUUUUAUGAAACUUUGAUAUCAUGGAGUAAAAUAAUGAUAAAAUAAGGCUUUUAAGAUGCAAUACCAGGAAAACUAAUUUUUGGUCCAAAAUCAUUAACGAGUCUUUUUCACAAUCGUUUCAAGUUGUAAAGCCUGGCCCAGAUUUCUCCAGACUUCUAAAGGUUAAUAUACUUAAUUGCUUAUUUUGUUCAGCAAAAUUUCUUACUUUAAUUUGGUGUAAAUAAGGUAGUUUUGUCUAUUUUGAAAAUUUUCUUGAUUCUUUUUAUAGAGGCACUCAGUCAUGUUUUUUUUUUUUUUAAAUUAGUACUAGUAUGUUUAUAGUGUUGAUUUGUUUCGAAAAAGUGUAUUUAAUGAGGUUAAAAUGAUGAUCAUGAAAUUAUUCUCCCCACCCAUUGCUAAAAUACCCCCCUAAAAGGGUUUCGACCCCUUUCCCUGAAGUAGAGUGAGAGGCCCUGAUGAGAAUUUAUAACAAGUUUACAUCUCAAGAAUAUUUGAGUUAUUGUGUUUUAAGAUUGUAUGUUUUCCUUUAAAAAAAGAGAGAGAAAAACAUGUGUUACAAGGCAUAAAUAAUUAUUGUGCAGGAAAGAGUGUGAAAAAGACAGUUAUCGAUAUAUUAAACUAUAACAGUCAAUUGAAUAAAUGUGACCUACAUUUGUAUGGCAGCAUAAUUUUGACAUAUAGCAUACAUGCCAUAUUUCUGAGAAGCUUCCCAGGGGAUAUUGGUCUGAAUUCCAGGGGAUUUUGAUAUUAACACCAGGGGAUUUUUACGCGGCGAAAACUUGCGCAAUAUCUGCAUUUAUAAUAUGAGAAUAAAUACAGAAAUACACUCAAAUAACAAUAAUUUCUGGACUUAGUCAUCAUGGUCCUUCAUGGAAUUUCACACUCAUAAUAUUAUUGAUGCUUUCCACUGUCAACCUUAAUUUUUAUGCCCCCUUUUGAAAAAAGUGGGGUAUAUUGUUUUGCACAUGUCGGUCGGUCGGUCGGUCUGUCUGUCUGUCGGUCGGUCGGUCGGAAUACCAAAUGGUUUCCGAUCAAUAACUUGAGAACGCUUUGACCGAGGGACCUCAUACUUGGUAUGUGUAUUGGUCAUCACCAGCAGAUGAACCCUAUUGAUUUUGAGGUCAGUGGGUCAAAGGUCAAGGUCAGUGUGACCUUUACAUGAAAAACGGUUUCCGAUCAAUAACUUGAGAACGCUUUGACCCAGGAACCUCAUACUUGGUAGGUGUAUUGGUCAUGACCAGCAGAUGAACCCUAUUGAUUUUGAGGUCAGUGGGUCAAAGGUCAAGGUCAGUGUGACCUUAACAUGAAAAACGGUUUCCGAUCAAUAACUUGAGAACGCUUUGACCCAGGGACCUCAUACUAGGUAGGCUUAUUGGUCAUGACCAGCAGAUGAACCCUAUUGAUUUUGAGGUCAGUGGGUCAAAGGUCAAGGUCAGUGUGACCUUUACAUGAAAAACGGUUUCCGAUCAAUAACUUGAGAACGCUUUGACCCAGGAACCUCAUACUUGGUAGGUGUAUUGGUCAUGACCAGCAGAUGAACCCUAUUGAUUUUGAGGUCAGUGGGUCAAAGGUCAAGGUCAGUGUGACCUUAACAUGAAAAACUGUCUGUCUGUCGGUCGGUCGGAAUACCAAAUGGUUUCCGAUCAAUAACUUGAGAACGCUUUGACCGAGGGACCUCAUACUUGGUAGGUGUAUUGGUCAUCACCAGCAGAUGAACCCUAUUGAUUUUGAGGUCAGUGGGUCAAAGGUCAAGGUCAGUGUGACCUUUACAUGAAAAACGGUUUCCGAUCAAUAACUUGAGAACGCUUUGACCCAGGGACCUCAUACUUGGUAGGUGUAUUGGUCAUGACCAGCAGAUGAACCCUAUUGAUUUUGAGGUCAGUGGGUCAAAGGUCAAGGUCAGUGUGACCUUAACAUGAAAAACGGUUUCCGAUCAAUAACUUGAGAACGCUUUGACCCAGGGACCUCAUACUAGGUAGGCUUAUUGGUCAUGACCAGCAGAUGAACCCUAUUGAUUUUGAGGUCAGUGGGUCAAAGGUCAAGGUCAGUGUGACCUUUACAUGAAAAACGGUUUCCGAUCAAUAACUUGAGAACGCUUUGACCCAGGAACCUCAUACUUGGUAGGUGUAUUGGUCAUGACCAGCAGAUGAACCCUAUUGAUUUUGAGGUCAGUGGGUCAAAGGUCAAGGUCAGUGUGACCUUAACAUGAAAAACGGUUUCCGAUCAAUAACUUGAGAACGCUUUGACCCAGGGACCUCAUACUAGGUAGGCUUAUUGGUCAUGACCAGCAGAUGAACCCUAUUGAUUUUGAGGUCAGUGGGUCAAAGGUCAAGGUCAGUGUGACUGUAAGCUGAAAAAAGGUUUUCUGAUUGUCCAUAUUUAUGCCCCCUUUUGAAAAAAGUGGGGUAUAUUGUUUUGCACAUGUCGGUCGGUCGGUCGGUCUGUCUGUCUGUCGGUCGGUCGGUCGGAAUACCAAAUGGUUUCCGAUCAAUAACUUGAGAACGCUUUGACCGAGGGACCUCAUACUUGGUAUGUGUAUUGGUCAUCACCAGCAGAUGAACCCUAUUGAUUUUGAGGUCAGUGGGUCAAAGGUCAAGGUCAGUGUGACCUUUACAUGAAAAACGGUUUCCGAUCAAUAACUUGAGAACGCUUUGACCCAGGAACCUCAUACUUGGUAGGUGUAUUGGUCAUGACCAGCAGAUGAACCCUAUUGAUUUUGAGGUCAGUGGGUCAAAGGUCAAGGUCAGUGUGACCUUAACAUGAAAAACGGUUUCCGAUCAAUAACUUGAGAACGCUUUGACCCAGGGACCUCAUACUAGGUAGGCUUAUUGGUCAUGACCAGCAGAUGAACCCUAUUGAUUUUGAGGUCAGUGGGUCAAAGGUCAAGGUCAGUGUGACCUUUACAUGAAAAACGGUUUCCGAUCAAUAACUUGAGAACGCUUUGACCCAGGAACCUCAUACUUGGUAGGUGUAUUGGUCAUGACCAGCAGAUGAACCCUAUUGAUUUUGAGGUCAAAGGUCAAGGUCAGUGUGACCUUAACAUGAAAAACGGUUUCCGAUCAAUAACUUGAGAACGCUUUGACCCAGGGACCUCAUACUAGGUAGGCUUAUUGGUCAUGACCAGCAGAUGAACCCUAUUGAUUUUGAGGUCAGUGGGUCAAAGGUCAAGGUCAGUGUGACCUUUACAUGAAAAACGGUUUCCGAUCAAUAACUUGAGAACGCUUUGACCCAGGGACCUCAUACUUGGUAGGUGUAUUGGUCAUGACCAGCAGAUGAACCCUAUUGAUUUUGAGGUCAGUGGGUCAAAGGUCAAGGUCAGUGUGACCUUAACAUGAAAAACGGUUUCCGAUCAAUAACUUGAGAACGCUUUGACCCAGGGACCUCAUACUAGGUAGGCUUAUUGGUCAUGACCAGCAGAUGAACCCUAUUGAUUUUGAGGUCAGUGGGUCAAAGGUCAAGGUCAGUGUGACUGUAAGCUGAAAAAAGGUUUUCUGAUUGUCCAUAUUUUUUUAAUGCAUGCACAGAUGAUUGGGAUUGAUGUAUAAAUGUUUGUAUAGAAAUGAUUUUCUUUUAUGUUACUAUUUUAGUUGGGCAUUUAUUUGCCUUCUUAAGUUAUCAUAAGUAGAUGACCUGCCUCAUAUGCAUCCAAUGACAAAUCAGCUGUCAUUUCAGUCCAUGCAUAUUUCAUUCAAUUGUCCAAAUAUUUCUGGCAACUUGGCGCUCAGGGGGCAUAAUGUUUGACAAACAUCUCUUGUUUUAUUUAUUUUUUAAUUCCAGGGGAUAUGGAUCCCCCGGCGGGGGACCAGGGGAUGGGUCGAAAUUCCGGGGGAUUUUUCCCCCCACAGGGGGAUAUGGCAUAUAUGAUAUAGCUAUAUCUUGGAUUUUUAUUAGACCUCUUAAUUUACUAUGUCAUAGAAGCCAUUUCAAUACUUUUUAAGUACAAACCAGACGAAACUGGUAAUGUCAAAGUUGUUGGGACAUAAGAAAUAGUUUGACAUAGAGAAAAUUUGACAUUCCCAAAACUGGGCCACUAUGCAUUAUAAUAGUAUUAUUUCAGUUUGUUUUCUUUAUUAGGCAACAAAAAUGGUUGGUUAGGGUACAUCUUGUCCAAAACAACAGAUAGUAGGUUAGUGUGUUUUUUUUAUUUUUGUACUGGGUUUUAUGAUAGAACGUUAUUGUCAUGAAUGGGAAAAAGGCUGUAAGAGUAAUCUUCAGUGUAAGGCUUUUCAAACGACAUAUUAAACACACUUUUAAAAAAAGAUAAAUGUUCUUUUUUAAUCGCAGGCUUUAAAAAAGGUAAGAUCCGCGCCUUUUUCAUAGGUUGGGUCGGGUAACCUUGAAACACACGUAUUUUAGGCCCUAGGUUGUUUUUGAGUUGUACAAAGUUUAAUUUUGAGAUUUGUUUUGAGAAAUAUUAGCGAUUUUGUUUGACAUUUGGUUGUACCAAAGCAUUGUGCUAUGACAAUGUUGUUAUUUAACAGAUUUAAAAAUGA